AUCUCCCCAGUCAAAAUUGCACAAGAUGAGUGGCAGAGCUCAACAGAAAGUGAGAACUCCACUGAGUGUAGUGAUGAAGAUCAGACUUUUACUGAAAGAAGCGAACCUGUUAUAAGAACUGUCACUGCUAGAAGGUCUGCUUCUCCUAUGCGACGAAUACAAAUAGGAAGGCCUGGGUCUCGGAGGUCUACUGCACUGACCAUUAAAAGCCUCAAUUACUUUCCCGCUAGGGAAAGAAUUACAGCCAUCAGAGAUUCUGAUGAUAACAACAGUGGAGAUGAAGAACCAGACAAGCCAGCAAAGAAGCCUGAGAAUAUAAUGAUAAGGAUGAGCGUCCAAGAGGCGAUUUGCCUUUUUGAAAGCAAACAGAAAGAUCAAAUUCUCGAUAUUCAGAAAAGGGGAACUUCAGGUGAAGUCUCUCUGAGUACCAAUAGAACUGUACUAAGAAGAUGGAGUGCUGGUAUGGGCGAUUCUCUGACUCCUCAGGAAAAUGCUUCUCAGUCCAUAUCUCAGAGCAACCACACCAAUUUGGUUCCUGAGGCAGGAAAUAACAAAUUGGCUGACGUGAAGGUUGAGUCUGAUAUUCCUCCAUGCAGUUUGGAUGCAAUUGGAUUGGAUACUGCUAGGGUCUUUACGUCAACAAAGAUGGAGAUGAUGAUUACCCCAUCAAAGGAUAGUACUGCUGAGUUGGUAACAUCCAAAGCUGAAGAAAUUGAUGAUAUACCAGCUACAUCAGCUGAGGAGAGCAGGCAGAAAGAACCUAUGCUCAAUCAAAUGUCAAUGAAAAUGAUGGAGAGCAGUCCUGCCAAAUACCAAGGUCCUAAGGCUGGUUCUGGUGGAUCUCUGUCUAGCUUGAGUGAGAAGACAUGUAGUUUCUACAGUCAAUAUAAGGAGAAAAGGGAUAAGAAAAUUCGAGCAGAAAAUGCCAAGAAACAUUCAGAAAUUCAAGCACAACUUAAAGUGUUACAGGAAACCCUGAAACCAAGCAAAGCAGACACAGCCUUGAAAUAUGGAGUCACUACCAAAAAGCUUGACUGGUCCAGCAAUUCUCGACAACCCCGAAGAAAUUCAUCUCCACCAGUGUUACACAAGAAAGAAGUUUCAAAAACAGCAUCAUUAAAAAAGGCUUCACCAAAAUCAUCACCAUUGCCAACUACACGUCGUUCAUGGUCAUCAGGACCAUUGCAAAAAGCAAGUGGAGCUCAACCAGUUAGUAGUUCUCCUAGAGUGUCUACUGCUAAUACAACCCUGCGCCACUGGAAGUCCCAGCCUACUUCUACAACUCCACCCAGCCCCAUACCUGAAAGGUCAUUGCAUCAACCUAAAGGUAAGCACGAAGCCAAAACCGAUGUUAAGACAACUGUUAGAGGUGAAGGAGCAAUGAAGCAGAAAACAGCUACAAUCACCAACAAAACUGUGAAAAAAAAAGUUCCAUCAGCUUCUGUAGAUGCUUCUGGUUCGCUGAUGGCAAAGACAGGUUUCAACAAUAAGGUCACGAAGAAGAAUAGUGUUGUUCCUUUGGAGGCCAAACCCUUCUUGAAGAAAGGCACUGGGUUUGAGGCCAGCGUUAGCCAUGUAAGAACCAAGUUUAGAGUUACUCAGUCUGUUGCUUCAUCAAAGAGAAGUGACAUUACUAUUCAAGCCGAAGAAGAGGAGCCUACACUGGAGACAACUGAAUCAACUGCCAAGGUGCUGGAGGUUGAUCUUGCUGAACAAGCAAAUUAUGUUGAUACGAAUUCAGUUACUUCACUGGAUAACAAUUUAAAUAUUGAAAAGACAGAAAAUGUAAAUCAAAGUUUAGCUGAGGUGGAUAACAGCCCCAAAAGCUCUGUAGAGGUUGUUGUUUCUGAGAUUCAACCUGAUGAGGAUAUGGGCAUCUCAUCAGCUGCAUGGGUAGAAGUAGAACAUCAGGAAGUUUCCACUGCAUAUGAUACUGGCCUGUCCAAAGCCAAGGUCUCCACUGCACAUGAACCGACUCUUCUGUCAAGUCCUCAUUUCCGACAUCCAUUCAAUCAAAUGCUUCAAGCUGAUGGUACUGAACCAGUUAUUAUUGAAUGGGGGAAUGCUGAGAACCCUCCUGCAUUGAUCUAUCACAGAGUUGCUCGCAAGGGAUUGAAGAGGCUUUUGAUGUUUGCCCGUAAGAGUAAGGGAGAGGCGGACGUGACUGGUUUGGCGAGCCCAUCAGUAUUCUCAGGAGAGGAUAACACAGAAGAUUCCAAAGCUGUGAAUAAAAAGAAUCAGGAUGCAUCGAGAAAAACUGCUCUCCAUGCCAAGGGCUAUAGUCAGCAGAAAACCAUGCUUGGUGAAAGUUGUUGUGAUGGAAAUUUAAGCAAGAAGGCAGUGGAUUAUCAUGGAGUUUAUGAUGUCUUGCCAGUAUCUCCAGGUUCUGACAAAUUUCAGGAAGGUCAUGUUUCAUCAACAGCUACAUCAACAAAAGGAGCAGCAGACCAUCUGAGACAAGGCCUUGAUAGUUUGCAGAAUGACAAGUCAUAGUGCUGGUAAGUGGUAAGUUCCUUCCACUAGUGCCUGUAAGUGACUUGCCUUGACCAGGUAUAGAGAGUCUAGCACUGAUUUGUGGUAUGUAUGGUUCUCCACUUGUUCUUUUCCAGUUGUGUGUAUUUCCUUUUUGCCUUUUUGUGGGUAUUUCAUAUAAGGCGAGCAUUGAUAUGAUAUAUAAUCGAUGCGACUGGUGUAGUGGCAUGCUGCAAUUAAAUCUUUCUUGUAUAUCUGGAUA